AUGGAAAGUGUGAUGAAGCGACUGAUCCGUUCACGGGUUCGAGGAGCUGAAGCAGCUGUUGCUGGAAUUCUCACUUUUUUGGACAGCCACUGUGAGGUCAACAAUGAGUGGCUUCAGCCUCUGCUUCAGAGAGUCAAGGAGGAUCACACCCGUGUGGUUAGUCCAAUCAUUGAUGUCAUUAGUUUGGAUAACUUUGCUUAUCUGGCGGCUUCUGCAGAUCUCAGGGGUGGUUUUGACUGGAGUCUUCAUUUCAAGUGGGAACAGAUUCCCAUAGAACAAAAGAUGUCCCGCACAGACCCAACCUCCUCAAUACGAACUCCUGUCAUUGCCGGCGGUAUAUUUGUGAUUGACAAGUCAUGGUUCAACCAGCUGGGAAAGUACGAUACUCAAAUGGACAUCUGGGGAGGGGAGAACUUUGAGCUCUCCUUCCGGGUCUGGAUGUGCGGAGGUAGCUUAGAGAUUGUUCCCUGCAGCCGUGUGGGUCAUGUGUUUAGAAAGCGUCACCCCUAUGAAUUUCCUGAUGGCAACGCUCUGACCUAUAUCAAGAACACCAAACGCACGGCAGAGGUUUGGAUGGAUGAAUAUAAACAGUAUUAUUACCAGGCUAGACCUUCUGCCGUAGGAAAAUCCUUUGGAAGUGUGUCUGACAGACUGGAGCUAAGAAAGAAUUUGAGCUGUAAAACAUUCCAGUGGUACCUCCAGAAUGUCUACCCUGAACUGAAGAUACCCGAGAAGGAGGUGAUCACGGGGAUUAUAAAGCAGGGUGGAAACUGUUUGGAAUCUCAGGGACCAGACACGGCGGGAAAUACUCUGGCUGGAGUCGGAAGCUGCAAGGGAACUGCAAGCACUGCCCCGGCCACACAGGAGUGGGUGCUCAGUGACACUUUAAUCCGACAACAAGACAAAUGCUUGUCCAUCACGUCGUUUUCCACAGGAGCCUUGGUCAUGCUCGAACCAUGCAACCAGAAAGACAGCAGACAGAAAGACUUUCACGCUUUGCAUAUUUAA